UCAGCACACUGUCUUAAUCUCCUAAUUUAGCCUAUAUAUAUCGGCAUCUAUCCAUGUACUAUAAUCUUUCAAAGUUUCAAAAAUCCUCCCAAUUUGUGCGUUCUCUAAGGCUCUGAUUGGAGUGAUUGGUAUAGUAAUUGGGUUAACCCAAAUUUCCAAAGCCCGGAAUUUUGAUUCUUUGCCCUUUGAUUCCUUUCAUCAGGGUAUUUCAAGGAAAAGUAAGAGACAGAGAAGAACCCCGAGGAUUUAUCUGGGGUUUUCUCCGUCUUCCUAAUUUUCUGGAACUUUUUCUCAAGGAGCGAGCAGACACAGUUUCUCUCAUGGAUUCCCAGGUGUUGGUCGCUCUGGGUCUCUCAAUGUUGGGUGGCCUAAGUACCUCUUUAGGUGCUCUGUUUGUGAUCAUCAAUCAGACCCCCAACUUGAAGAUGCUUGGUCUUUUGCAGGGUUUCGCUGCUGGUCUUAUGCUUAGCAUAUCAUUCUUAGACUUGGCUCAUAAUGCAUUGAAUUCCAUUGGAUUCUUAAGAGGAAACCUCUGGUUCUUUGCAGGUGUCAUUUUCUUUGCUCUCGUUUCAAGCUUCAUCCCAGAACCUACACUUUCUCCCACUUCAAAUUUACAGAACAAAAAGAAAGGUGGGGAUGAUGGUGGCAAAGAUAUCAUGAAAAAACACCGCCGACAAGUCUUCUAUAGUGGAAUUGUUACAGCAAUAGGAAUAAGCUUGCACAACUUUCCAGAGGGAAUGGCUGUGUUCCUUGGAUCAAUCAAGGGUCUUCGAGUUGGUAUCAAUUUGGCCCUUGCUAUUUCGUUGCACAACAUCCCAGAGGGUGUUGCGGUUGCACUUCCAGUUUAUUUUGCAACUCAGAGCAAAUGGCAGGCUUUCAAGAUUGCUACACUUUCCGGCUUGGCAGAGCCCUUGGGUGUGAUUAUUGUAGCCUAUCUAUUUCCAAGCAGCUUAAGUCCUGAAGUUCUGGAGGGCCUCCUUGGAUCAGUUGGUGGGGUAAUGGCUUUCCUAACCCUGCACGAAAUGCUGCCAUUGGCAUUUGACUAUGCGGGCCAAAAGAAUGCGGUCAAGGCUGUGUUCCUUGGAAUGGCUUUCAUGUCUGCUAGCCUGUAUUUCCUACAGACCAGCUUACCAGAGGAUAUGAGCUUGUAGUUUCCGAUCAUACAACGCCAACCCGAGAGUCCAAUAGUUCUUCUAAGCGGAGACCAUGGCACUUCUCCAUGGAUGAGGGGUCACAGGAAGAGAAUUGAAGAGUAGAAGACAGGAAAAGAAUAUUUGUAAAAUGUGACUGACUGACUAUAUACUCAUAUCAGACAGUUGUAUAAGUAUAUUCCCAUGUGAAAUUAUAAUAAUAAUGACAAUUGAUCCUCAUUGAGAUGUCAAUUAAGCAACACAGUAAGAUUC